CGUAAUUGAGCCAUCAUCCUUUACGUCCCUAAAUCGGAGCCUAUCGGAUUAUUCACUUUUACCAUUUUGAAAAAAUAAAUAUUAGAAUCUUCAAUGCCGCUCCUCAGCACAAAAUAACAACAACAACAAUAAUAAUAAUAACAGCCGUUUUUUUUUCUUAUUAUAAAUAACGACUUCAAUUACUCAAAAAUUUAUUUCUCUUUCACUCGUUAUCAAAAUUUAAAAUUUUCCCUCUCCAUAAACUUCUCUUCCUCUUUCUAAAUAUUAUUAGAAUUAUAUGUGUGUUAAAAAGACUUCAAGAACUGAAGAAGAAUCCUUGAAUGAACGAGAAGAAAACAAAAUUCAUAAAAAAUGUCCCCUGUAAGAAAUUUUCAAGAUUUUCAAUUCUCAGAAGUUUCAGCGAGUAGAAAGAAAGUCGAUGUUCAGAGCCUGGAUCCUCAGCAUAUGCAGAAUCAUGUUGAUAGAGUUGGACAUAAAGAGACGGAUACUUCAGAGUCUGAAUCUGAGUUUAACUUGCGCAAAAGUUUGGCAUGGGACAGUGCCUUCUUCACUAGUCCAGGUUUGCUUCCUAGGUUGACAAAAACCUGCUUAACAAGUGCUGCCAAUUGUUGUCAUCGGAUGAAAGUUGGAAAUGUGAAUGUGUUCUGUGCUUCCACAGGAGUUCUGGACCCUGAAGAGUUGGAGACGAUUAGUAUUCGGGUUGUGGAUAAUGGAGUAGACACAGCUGGGGGUGGGGAUCUGAGGUCUGUACCCUCUCGGUCUGCAGGACCAGAAGGGAAAAGUGCAAUUGAUGAGUGCAGCUUGCGCAAAAGUUUAGCUUGGGAUAGUGCCUUCUUUACAAGUUCAGGAGUUUUGAAUGCUGCGGAGUUGUCUCUUGUUAACGGAGGAUUUAGACUAUCACAAGGACAUACACUUCCUGGGAUUAAAGACGUCCGGAGGUCUGCUGAUUCAAACUCAACAAGAAAUGCCGAUGCUUACUCCCUUGCAAGCCUUGAGAUUGAUCUUUUUGACAAUAUGAGAGCGUCCAUGCAGAAAUCAAACGAUGCAUCAUCCACUAGGGAAACUUCAACUAGAAAAGUUAGAAGAGAAAAUGAAACGCGAAGGGGUAAUACUUCAAAAACAUCGGAUGCUUCCUCUCGAUUAAGACCAAAGCAGGGACCUAAUAAAGAAUCCAAAUCGUUUAUCAAGUCACCAAAUAUAUUCUGCCAAAAUCGCAAUCUAUCCGCAGCUCCCAACAAAAGGGCCUCUUCGGGUGCAAACCAUGUUAAAUUGGAAGACAAAGGUGCACAAGCUGCUUCUGGGAGAACCAAGAUUGUGUCAAAGAAAACUUGUAUCAGGGAUUCAUGCAGUAUUAUCCGUAGUUCAACACCACCAGUGAAAUCAUCUUCUUCAGCUGCACCCUUUGGGAAAGAGUUUGGAGGAUCUGGCUGUGCUCCAAAUUUCACUGUUAAAUCUUCUCCAGAUUCUCUGAGGAGAACAAUUAAUUCCCAGGUCUCUGCUUCGGCUUCAAUCUCUAGAACUCCCCGACAACUUUCGGCUGGAAACAUAAAAGAGCUGGUGAAUUCUAGCUACUCUACUUGUUUGUUGUCCACACCCAAGUCGUCAUCCUGUACAUCGCCUGCUAGUUCCACAGAUGGAUGCUCCUCAGAAUCAUCUUCCAUAAUUCUCAACCCAAGAUCUGGUGCCAUUCAUGCAACUACAGCAUGCAGAGGGAUUUCUUUCAGCAAGGAUGCCUUUCAAAUAUCAGAUUCUAAGAGACGUCAAUGCAAUGAAUCUUAUUUGGUACAUGAAAGUCAUGAAACAAAGUUCAUGAACGCACAACUCAAUAAAAUCCCAGAGCGAACCAGUCUUAUCGCAUCCAUUGUUUCAAAAGGUUUACAAUCUUCAAGUCUCCGAAUGCCAUCGCCAAAGAUUGGAUAUUUUGAUGCGGGAAAUUCCGUGGAUAUAACACCAAAUGGAGGCCUGAAGUUUUCUGGUGUAAAAUCCACUUCUUCCAAAAACAGAAGUGGUAUUAGUAAUGCAAAUGGAGCUGCAGAUAGAACAAGAAAUAGAAUGCAUCAAUUUGUGGGAGCCACAUCGAUAUCUGUAAAUAGAGCAGGCGCAAAGGAGCCAGUCUGCCCACAGGAGAAGAAGCAACCUUUGAAGGAGCUUGAAGUUGUUAAGGCACAUGGUCCUGAAAAUAAAGUGCAUAGAUUUAACGAAGAUAACAAAGAGAAUAUAGGUAGUUUUGAAAAUCAGGUUGAUGACCUGAGUAGACGUAUGGAAGGCAUUGCUUUUUAGGAGGGACUUGGUUACGUAGCCUGAAGUAAAUCAAUGUCCUUUAUAGUUUGCUAUCUAGAUUAUUUACAAGGGUGUUGGAUUGUCCUUGAUUGUUCAACCAAAGAAUUACAUAGUGAUGGCUGAAUUAUGACUUUGUAAGCGUCUUCUCCCUCUAUAUUGAUGCGGUCAUAAAGCAUAUCGACGAAUCAACAAAUCUGGGUAACUUUUCUUGGUGAACAGAUAAAUCUAAGAAACUCAAUGGAUAGCUGUUCUCUCUUCA